CCAACGCUGGUCGUUGGAAUCAUGUCCCCUUCUGUCCUCCUAUGAUAACUACGUUGCAGGAACUAUCAUCAGGGGCUCUCCACAAUCGUAACUAGCGAGCGACUCACUUGCCCUGUCCUCUGUGACGCUCAAGCAGGCAGGUGAAAUGGCCCUCAACCAGGAGAAGGUCGUCAUUUUGGCAGGGCCUAAGCUGCUCGGAUACUUCUUUAACUGGGCCCUACUUGGCGUACUAACGAUUCAAACCUAUCUCUACCAUGUAAAUUUCCCCCACGAUCCGCUCGUUCUCCAAUGCCUGGUGUACGGCAUGCUCGCAUUCGAAUUGGUCCAAACUGGGCUCGUAACCGGCGUAGCAUUCGAGAUAUUCGUCUACAACUACGGAGACACGAACAGCUUGACGAAGAUCUACUACGCGUGGUUCUUCGUCGCGGUCAUGUGUGCGAUCGUGUCUGUCACCGUGCAGCUGUUCUUCGCGUGGCGGAUCUACGUACUCGCUAGAUCUCGCAUUGUCGCAGGGGUCAUAGCCCUGCUUUCUCUGCUACAAGCAUGCGCCGGCAUAUCUCUAGGAGUCUUGCUCAAAGACACACCUUCGACGGCGGACGUGACGGCAUCUCAUCAAGUCGUCAUCGUGUUGAACUUAUGGGUCGUCGGUAGCGCGGUGGUCGACGCACUGAUUGCCGUGACAAUGACAAUACUGAUGUUGAGACUGCGUCGCGGCACUACGUAUAAGCAUACAGAGAGAAUGAUCAACAAGGUCAUACGAUUAGUGGUAGAAACAGGCACACUCACGGCUGGAGUGGCUAUUGUAACGCUGGUUCUGUGCCUACGACUGCCGGGAACACAAUACUAUGAGACAACCAUCUAUGUCCUCACAAAGCUGUACGCAAACACGUUCCUGGCCAACCUGGUCAGCCGUGCAUUCCUCGAAUCGCCCGACGCGGGAAGCGUGGCGACCAGGCCCAUAAGCUUCGCCUUCCCAGCCGCAAGAGACACCGAAAGCUCAGGAAACAUCACGACACUGGAAGCGGGCGCGGGCGAUGGUCCGGGAGAUCGCUUGCCGGAUGCGAUGAAAGACCACGAGAAGAAGACCAUGCCUGUAGCCUUGAUUGAUACGGAGUCAUAGCUCGAGUACGGUGAACGGCUCUCGCUGCGUCUCGACAACCAGUCAUGGACGUAGAUGUACUACCUCACGGAUUGUAUAAGUAGGGAGGAUACUUAUUCUGCGAUGUUCUUGCGUCGUCAUGCGAGGCAUGGCUGCUAAUGCUCCAACACUGUACAGUUAUCUCCGAAAUACGAA